AUGACACGCUGUCUUAGAGAAUCUUGGGACCAACUGCUCCUGGAAGGGUUUACUGUUACAACAAAUAGUGUAAUUACAGCACUUCGAACAGGCUUAGAUAAGAGACUAGAAAGUGUUGAGAGAAGUGGCACAUUCUCGAUAUGUACUAUUUUAGACCCAAGGUACAAAAUUAAUGUGUUCUCUGACACAAUUGAGGCAGUAAAAGCAAAGAAAAUGCUAGAAGAAAUACUUGCUACUGAUAUUAGACGGCGACGACAUGGAGAGAACCAACCGCAACAAUCCACUUCAACCUCAGCUUUCAUACCGGUACGAGAUAAAUUUUCACCUUGGUCCAUUUUAAGCAAUAUUGUCGGGAUGCAGCAGCAGCAAGUGGGCACACCUUUGUCGUGUGCCAUCAAGGAUGUAGACUCCUACUUAAAAGACAACAUUCUACCUAUGUUUAACGACAGUGGUAAAUUUAACUGUCCAUUGCAAUGGUGGCAACGUAACCACCACAUUUAUCACAACCUUGCCAUACUUGCGUACAAGUAUGGCAACAUAAUGGCAACCUCAGUACCAUGA